AUGCCAGGGUCUCGGUCAGUCAUUUGUUUAGUCUUCGGACUGCUGGUUGCGAGCACAUGGUGCGGCUCUUAAAGUGAAAUGGUGAACCCACGAAUUGUCGUCGUUGGCGCCGGUGCUGCCGGUAUUGCCGCGGUCAGCAAACUCUACCAGCGUGGUCUCACGAAUGUAACGCUUCUCGAGGCAUCCCAACGUUACGGUGGCCGUAUCGGAACGACUCCCUUUGGGCGGGAUGGUGGCGUGGUAGAGCUCGGUGCACAGUGGUGUCACGGUGAGAAGGGGAACGUGGUGUACGAGCUGGCAUCCACCAUUCCCGGGCUACUAGCAUCGUCAAUCGCGAAAAGCAAUCUCGCUCUGGUCCGUUCAACCGGUGAACGGAUCGAGGUAGAGGCCUUCGAGCAGCUGAUGGCGUUGGCCGAAGAAGUGGAGGAGUCCGACGAACGAGAAGUCUUUGAAGGAAGCUUUGGUGCCUAUUUUGUCGCAAAGUUUUGGGAAAAGUUAGAAGCCAACACGACCUACCGGGCCAUUGAUCGUGCGACGGCAGAACAGUUUCUUGUCUACUAUCAUAACUAUCACCGGGCGUACAAUGCCUUCGACUCUUGGUACGAUGUGGCCGCUCAUGAAACCGAUCAUUUCGAGAUUACCGAAGGAGACCAGCUACUCGCCUGGACCGGGCCAAAAGGGUUCUCAACGAUACUGGACAUCUUAUCGGGUAACCAUCCGGAGUCUGGUGCUACCGUACGGGUGCCAUUGGAAACGAUCACAGUUUUUAACAAAUUUGUGGCCAACAUCGAGUGGCUCGGUACACCGGAUGGAUCCGUGACCGUGUCCACCGAGGAUGGCUCCCGUUACGAGGCCGAUCACGUAAUCGUGACCGUGUCGUUGGGUGUACUGAAGGCAAACUAUCGUACCAUGUUCACACCGGCCAUUCCGGCGGUCAAUCAGAACGCCAUCGAAGGUAUUCACUUCGGGGCAGUCAACAAAGUGUUUCUUCACUUCGAUGCCCCGAUACCGCCACAGUUUGGAAAUGCUAUCAGUUUGCUAUGGACCGAACAGGAUCUUGAAGCGUUGCGUCAAUCGAAGCAUGCCUGGGCGGAGGCAGUUUCCUUCUUCUACCGAGUGGAUGCCCAGCCAAACGUUAUUAGUGCCUGGUUGAACGGAGCCGAAGGCCGAGCGUCCGAGCAGUUACCAGAUGCAACCAUCCAGGAAGGAAUACUUCACCUUCUAAGCAUCUUUGCACGUGGCGUCGACUUUGGAAACGUUAAAGCCAUUCUUAGAUCGAACUGGUCAUCGAAUCGUCUGUUCCUUGGCUCGUACUCUAGCCGUUCGAUCGUCACGGAACGGUUGCAAACCGGAGCCAAAUAUCUGGCCACUCCUUUGGCGGACUCGGAGGGGAAACCGCGUGUCUUGUUCGCUGGAGAAGCAACCUCGGUGAAAUAUUACUCCACCGUUCAUGCUGCGGUGGAGAGUGGCCAGCGCGAGGCGAAACGUUUGAUUGAUCUGUACAAUUGA